UCACAUACACACACCAAGUAGAUUCGAUUGCCGGUUCGCACGUUCUGCAAUAGAAUUCCCAUCAAAGUGUUCAAAGUGAAUCAUGGCGCCCUUCUACAAGCGCAUCUGCCGCAGCCUGUCGAAGCGCUGCAAGGAGCCUUCUCUGAGUCUGGACAGCACCGUGGAGACGCUGCUGAUCAAGAAUGAAGGAGAUUUCAUCAGCGUGGAGCAGGGCAAGGAGCUGAAUGCUCGCAAGCGCAACUCACAGCAGCUGGCCCAUGCGCCCACACACAGCCAUCAUCAUCACAGCCAUCAGCAGCAGCAGCAGCAGAAUCAUCAUCAUCAUCCGCAGCAGCACAAGCGGGAUGAGAAUAUGCGGCAACUGCUGGAUGUGACCAAUACGCUCACCAUUGAGGAGCUGCGCGACUUUGAAAUGCGCUAUGGCUCACCUCAUCACAGCCGCUCGCAGUCGGUAAAAAUGCCUGGCAGUCGCGCCUCCGGCAGGCCCAAUCAGCUAUGUUUGCCGCAGCAAAGAUCCAGAGUGGCUUCCAUGCCCAACACUGGUGUCGAGGAGGAGUACUACCGCCUGCGCCACUUUUCCAUCACUGGCAAGGGUGUGGUGAAUCGCGGCGACUCGCUCAAGAGUCGACGCAGCCGUUCCAACAACAGUGUGGCCAGCUCGAACUCCAGCACGGAGCAUUUGACCGCCCAACAGCAGCAGCAGCAGCAGCAGCAGCAGCAGCAGCAGUUGCAGGUGCAAUUGCAGCAGCAACAAUUGCAGCAACAGCAGCUGCCGGCGCCCACAUCCAGCUCGGCCCGCACAUCGCUGGCCUCCAGCCGCGAGAGCAGCACCUCCAAUCCGGGCAACGGGCCAUACAGAGUACUCAUGCUGGGUGGUCCGGCCGUGGGCAAAAGUUCGCUGGUCUCGCAGUUCAUGACAUCGGAGUACUUGCAUGCCUACGACACGAGCAUCGAUGAUGAAUCUGGCGAGAAGGCCGUUUCAGUAUUACUCAGUGGCGAGGAAUCGGAAUUGAUAUUCAUUGACCAUGGCUACACCGAAAUGACUCCGGAUGAGUGCUUGACCAACUAUGAUCCUCAUGGCUACUGCGUCAUUUAUUCGGCGGCAGACCGUAGCAGCUUCACCGUCGCCGAACAGGUGCUCCAGGUGCUCUGGACCAAUCAGAACAUUGCGCAAAAGGCAGUCAUUUUGGUGUCGAAUAAGUCGGACCUCGCCAGGAGUCGUCUGGUCACAUCUGAAGAGGGUAAGGCCAUGGCCACCGCAUACGAUUGCAAAUUCAUUGAAACUUCGGUGGGCAUCAAUCACAAUGUGGACGAGCUGCUGGUGGGCUUGCUCUCCCAAAUACGCCUCAAGCUGGAGAAUCCCGAAAAGUCCAGGGAUCUGUUCCGCAAGCGUUCGAUUAGAAAGUCGAAGCGUCGCGCCUGCUCGCCGCUUAAUGCCGGCUGCCUGAAUGCCAACAGCCCGCUGGGACCGCUGGGCGGACCGCUGAGCGAGUUGCCCGGCACGCCGCCGGGAAGCUCUCAAAGCAGUCCACGCAAAUAUCGGGGCUCGAGAACCUCCACCAGCCUAAAGGUGAAGGGCCUGCUGGGACGUGUCUGGACCAGAGAUUCCAAGUCCAAGAGCUGCGAGAAUCUGCAUGUGCUCUAAGCAUCAAACGUAAUUCGUUACGCAACACUAAAGCCGAAUCCCGAGGAUUUCCUAUAGAUUAUAAGUGCAAAAUUUCCCAAGUUAUGGAUGACUCAUUUGUACAUAUAUUUAUCUAUUUAAUUUUAGUUCUUUAAACUAUACUUUACUCUAGUCAUUUCUACACUUAAAUCCUGUAUAUAGUUUGAUUAAAUAUAAACAAGAAACGUAAAUAUCA